CUCUUCCUCCUCCUCCUCCCGACCUGUCUUCCUCGCGCCGCGGCCCAGCCGGCGUCCGCUCCGCCGAGCGACGAAUCCUCCUCUUCCACCCCAGCCUUCGACGACAACUUCAACCCCUACCUCAGGGUCGUCGUCGUCUUCCUCUUCCUCCUCUCUGCCUACUCCGUCUUCAUCCUCCGCUGCUCCCUCGCCCCCGAGGGCUCCGUCUCCGUCCCCUCGCUCCGCCGCCUCGCCGCCCCUCGCGGCCUCGACCCCGCCGUCGUCGCCGUCGAGACCUUCCCGACCGUCGCCUACUCCGCCGUGAAGGGGCACAAGACCGGCGAGGCGUCGCUGGCGUGCGCGGUGUGCCUGAACGACUUCGAGGACGACGACAUGCUCCGCCUGAUCCCGAAGUGCGACCACGCCUUCCACCCGGACUGCAUCGGCGCGUGGCUCGGCUCCCACACCACCUGCCCCGUCUGCCGCGCGGAGCUCGCGGAGCAGCCGGCCGGCGACUCGGAAAGUCAACAAGCCGAGUCGGGCACCGAGCCACCGCGGGUCGAGGUGGCGGUGGAGGCGGCGCCGCCGGAUGCCGGCGCGGCAGAGAGGAGCCAGGGAGGAAGAGAACGAGAGGGAAUCCAGCCGCCCGAUCUAUGGGACAAGAACGAGAGCAAUAAUCGCAACCGUACACGUGGCUCGAGCCAAAUGCGAAGGUUUUCCCGCUCGCACUCGACCGGGCACUCGCUGAUCCGACCGGGCGAGGACACCGAACGCUUCACGCUGAGGCUGCCGGCCGAGGUGAGGAGGCAACUGAUGGACCGGCCCAUGCCGGACCGGGCCCAUGAAGGCAGCUCGAGGCGAGGGUACCGGUGCGGAGGCGAGGGGAGCAGCCGAGGGAGGCACUUCAGGAGGCCAGACCGGCUGGACCGGGCGGCCAAGUCGGAGAGGUGGGCUUUCAACAGGAUGCCGUCGUUCUUUACGCGCGUGUCGUCGGCCCUCUCGCCUAGAGUGGCUGCCGACGGCAGCGGUGGAGGGUCCUCUCGUGGUUCGGCGCAACAGGCCCGACCGGCCAUUUAGUGCGUAAAUUAGUGAG